AUGAGCUUGUUCCCAACUCUGUUGCGCUGCCCCCUUGUUGCGCGUGGGAUGAAGAGGAAAGGCACAUGGGGAGGGGGAGGAGAGACACAUGGGGAGGGAUUGGAGAGGGGGGAAGCAGGGUGGAGGGAGAGGGGAAGCAAGGCGGAGGGAGGGGGGGAGCAGGGCGGAGCGAGGGGGGAAGCAGGGCGGAGGGAGGGGGGGAGCAGGGCGGAGGGAGGGGUGAAGCAGGGAGUAGGUAGGGAGGAAGCAGGGAGGAGGGAGGGGGGAAGCAGGGCGGAGGGAGGGGGGAAGCAGGGCGGAGGGAGGGGGGAAGCAGGGCAGAGGGAUGGGGGAAGUAGGGCGGAGGGAGGGGGGAGGCAGGGCGGAGGGAGGGGGGAAGCAGGGCAGAGGGAUGGGGGAAGCAGGGGGGAGGGAAGGGGGAAGCCAGGAGGAGGGAGGGGGGAAGCAGGGCGGAGGGAGUGGGGAAGCAGGGAGGAUGGAGGGGUGAAGCAGGGAGGAGGGAGGGGAGAAGUAGGGGGAAGGGAGGGGGGAAGCAGGGGGAAGGGAGGGGGAAAAGAGGGAGGAGGGAGGGGUGAAGCAAGGAGUAGGCAGGGGGGAAGCAGGGGGGAGGGAGGGGGGAAGCAGGUCGUAGGGAGAGGGGAUUGGGCGCCCGUUCCCUUCCUGUCCACCGCCCAUCAAUCAAGCUUUCAAUGUGACACCAUCCCCCCCUCAGCUGGUCAUCCCCCUCUGUCCCUCCCUUUCUGCCCAUCACAUCAGUAG